AUGCCGAUUGUCGAAUUGUGGCUAUUGUGCCAAGGCCGGGAAGGAAAGGUAUUCUCGCACCCUACCGUCAGUUCUGUGUCGCUGUUUCCACCUUGUUUCCCACUCGUUUCCAGCGCCAAAUGUUGCCAACUCGCUAGAUAUCGGCAAGUGACUGAAACGCACACACCCGUGCAGAUUUUUUGUUCCCCCUACCCGGGGUGUCUGGGUCUCACCAGGACAGUCAGGAGCACCGCGGUCCUUCUACCCGUCAACAGUGAUAUCGCACGAAGACGCACGUGGUAUGGUGCCUCGGGUGCCCGCCCCAGCGUCAGUAUGGAAUCCGAUGACAGCACGUGCCCCGCACGUGACAUGCAGCACGCGUCUGUCGACCGCCGAGAACCCUUUUCGGCGCUCCGGGCUCCGGACCCAAGAACAAUCGCCCGUUGCUUUUGGCCGCAUCCGACCCUGUCAUCCGUCUUGGCCCACAAUGCUGUAUUUCUCGGCCAACGCAUUUCUUUUCUGCCAAUAACACCACGGUCAACACCUUCUGUCGCAGUUAUUUGGUGCCACGCGUGGCACAUGCUCUGCUCGUCGCGUGCUACCGUGUUAGUGAGCUCACAGUGGGUGUUAAUAAUUACUACUGCGUCCUGGGCGAAAUUGGCCGCCCAUGUGGGGAUCUAUAUGUCGUUUGGCGUGACACAUUUGCAUGCGUACGGAUGCAGAAAUACGCGUCGCGGACGUCUAAGCCCUGUAUCUCGUGCAGUGAAUGCACAUCAUGCGUCAGCCACGAGAGCUGUGCCGCAGACACCGCAAGAGAGCCUUUCCGGUAGUCCUGCGCAAAGUAUGCACAAAAGCGGGUGA